UGCCGCAUCAGUGUGGCGUGCUGUUUAAAAUCAGAGUGACUUGGAAAGGUAGUUUUGUAGUCCUUGCGGCUUUGUUCAAAAUGCCUCACAAACGCAAGUCCCGACUUAAUGUGAACCAAAAGAACUCCGCCACACGACGAGUCCAAUCGGCCAUACCCUCGACGGCUCCUCCGCAUGUCACAAUCGGGUCCUGCCUUGGUAUAGACGUGGAGAUCCCGAUGCCGGACAGUUCUAAGAAAAAAAGUGGAGGCUUUACGUCCAGGAGACACUUUCCGGUGCACAAGCAGAACGAUAUUAACAUCAUAACCCAGAUAACCAAGAUGCUGGCAGACACUAAUGUUUCGCCGGAAGCUGCGGCAGCCAUAGCUCCAAAGGUAACCCAGAAGAUGAACUUUCCGCCGGACCAGACUGUUUUCAAGAAUCUGGUGCCCCUGAAUGUCAACGACUCGGUGCUGGAGCCGCUCAAGCUCAAGCGCGUGGCCUCAAAGGACAAGCCGACCAAGGAAUCAGAGCCAAGCAAGGUCAGCAAUGAGCCCCAACUAGCCGACUAUGUCGAGAAGGUGGAUCCCAUUGCAAUGUCCAUUAAGGAACCCGAGCUACGAUUGGACUAUACACAGGAACCCUUCGAUUUUCUCGGCGCUUACAGAAAGGUCUACCAUUAGAGUUACAUUUUUAUUAUAAAUAUAUACGAGUCGCACAGAA